AUGGCGCUAUCUCGGUGCGCUGGACUUGCGCUCGUGCUCAUUCUUAUUUUGCUUACAUUUACCGUGACGGUCAGGGGAAAUAAACGGACUUACGUUGAAGCUCGCGCCAGCACAUCCUCGUCCUCAUUGUCACCCGUACCCAGCGAUCACUUUCCCGCCCCGGCCAAGAAGCCCAAACGUGCAGAAACGAGACAAUGUCCCGUCUGCGAAGAACACAUCCCCCUUCGCUUGUUGCCAAUGCACGCGGCAUUAGAGUCAGAGCGAGUAGAAGAGGUUAUACAGCAGGUUGGGUCUUCGGAUAUUCUAUACGACGAGAUGGAUGAUGCCCCAGGCCCAAGCUCACGCAGUCGCCGUUCUGCGUUGAAAGCUCGCAAGUCACUAACAUCACGGAACGUUCACGAUUCCAUGGAACAAGCGUGUAAAACUAUCCAGAUUAUCAAACGACACAGAAAGCAAAGGCAUGCGAAACUCAAAGAGAUUGCACGGGAGGAAGAAGGAUAUAUGGGCAGAGGUGCUUGGUCGCGAAGCGUCGCUGGUGGGCGUAUUGUGUGCCCCGUGUGUUCCUUAGAGGUUUGUGGCGACCAGGACGUACUGGACGCACAUGUGGACUCGUGCCUGGCAAACGAGACUAGCAGAUUGGAGGAGGUUAGACAGCGUGAACUACAACAACAAAGAGACAUGGAGGAAGAUAUAUGGGACGAAUUGGAUACUGGGGGACAUGUAGGAAAUGUACGAGGCACAGGGUUCCUGACACGCGACCGUCGUGCACAGGAUGUAGAUGAUGAAGUUGAUGUAGAGGGCGACGAUCAAGACACGUUUGGUGAAGCCCAGUUCACAGAAGGGGAUAUCCUCCCGGUCGACAAUCCCCAGGUAAUGGUUCAGGAAGACGUUGAGGUUGAAAUUGAAGGCGACAACGAGGAUGAAGCGUCAAGAAAACUGAAAACGUUGCGUGACCUCGUUGCUGAGGGGAAGGUUGUCUUCCCCGACAGAGUAGAAGACUUGAAAGCUAAAAUGGUUGAAGUCCUGGGGGCUGGGGAAGCAGAUCGGGUGGACCGCGCAGUCCUAACAGCUAAGAAGCGCGGGGACAAGGCUGCGUUGGUAGCUGCACUGGAAAACAAGAUCGAGCAGCUUGAAUCCAUGCGGGUGUCGUCGUCAACGUCACUCUCGUGUCGGAUCUGCUUGGACCCAUACAACGAGCCCACCGUGUCGACAGGAUGCUGGCAUACUUGCUGCCGCGAUUGCUGGCUGCGUUGUUUAGGUUCCACCAAGCUCUGCCCAAUCUGCAAGCGCAUUACCAGUGCCACCGAGUUGCGCCGUGUCUACUUAUGAUUUUCACUUAUGGAUCAUUACUUUGCUUUGUUCGAUGCUCUGUGUAAAAUAUGUAUAUUAGUUUCUGGCAAGUUGUGGAAUUACGAUG